UCGAAGAACGUAUGAAGUAUAGAGAUUCAGGAAGAAAGUGUGACGGCCGAUGCUUUGUUCACUUCGCACGGCAAGCGUGGAAGAGAGGUCCGUCGCAAUGAUGGAGGGCAGACGUGGACGGGAGGCUCCGGUGGCUGCAGAGCACCUAGACGCAGUUAUCGCCGAAACCCCAGCCGAGGGGCCACGCCGGCGAACCGGUGGCCAGAAGAGGAAGGUGGCUUCUAGUCUCUCUGCUGCCGUGGUCUCCGCUUCCACAUCGAAAAGACUAGUUAAGGAGAGAAAUGCCCUCAACAUACUCUCCAGUGGCCACAACGGACCCUGCACCCGAGCUAGGCAGCUCCCCGGCAAGAUCGCUGCUGGCAGUCCACAGACGCCGCAAGAGGGACUUGCGAUGGUUGAGACGGUGGUAGCAGAAGUUGGAAAGGAGAUAGUGUUUUUUGAAGAUCCAAUUAAAUCUGUAGAGUGUUCGGUGGAGCCGCCGGAUGUGACAACAAUGGAGGCGAUGUUUGAGGCCGUGCGAUCCAGAGGCGUCCGCGUACAUGUAGUCCCAACGUCAGCUGGCUGGUUUUCGUGGGAGAAAAUUCAUGAACUCGAGAAGCAUGCGUUGCCAUCAUUUUUUAACGGGCAGUCCGAGAGUAGAACGCCAGAAAUAUAUUUGGAGAUACGAAAUGCCAUCAUGAAGAAAUUUCACGUUGAUCCUCAGACUCCAGUGGAGGUUAAAGAUUUGUCUGAGAUAUCUGCUGGAGAGCUAGGUGUUAGACAAGAGGUUAUGGAGUUUCUAGAUCACUGGGGUUUGAUCAACUUCCAUCCUUUCCCACAUUCAAUUUCAGAUACAAGUGCUCCCGAAGUAGGAGCUGAGAAAACAGCAUCUCUGCUUGACCAACUAUACCAAUUUGAAAAUGCAGAGUCAUUAUCAAGUUAUGUCCCCAAAAAACAGGAAUCAUCACCACCAUCCAUGUUACCACAGCUGCUUCCAGAGUCUGCACUUCUUGAUGACAUGAUGCGGCCAGUGGAUCCUUCAGUUGAGUACCAUUGCAAUUCAUGUUCAGGCGAUUGCUCUCGUAGACGGUAUCAUUGCCAGAAACAGGCAGAUUUUGAUCUCUGUGCGGAGUGUUAUAAUAAUGGGAUGUUUGGCUCAGGCAUGACUCCAGCUGAUUUCAUUCUUAUGGAGUCGGCUGAUGGCCCUGGUGUAAGUAGUCGGAAUUGGACAGAUCAGGAAACUUUGUUACUUCUAGAAGCCUUGGAGCUUUUUGGUGAGAACUGGAAUGAAAUAGCUGAGCAUGUUGCUACGAAAACUAAAGCUCAAUGCAUCUUGCAUUUUCUUCAAAUGCCUAUAGAAGAUCCUUUCCUAGAAAUCAAGGAAAAUGAUGAUGACAAUAUGGUGGAAAGAGUGGAGCCGAGCUCGGCGAAUAUGGAGUCUCCUGAAGCAAUGGAGCUUGAGAACGGCAUGAGCUCUGAGCAACCCGUUUCAUCCCCAGCAGAUGUCUCAGACAGGAAAAAUGCUGAAGUUGAUCUAUCUAGUGAAACAUACUCCAACUUUGCUAUUAACUCUUUAAGGAGGGCAUUUCAGGCUGUAAGCUUUACUGAUGACGAAGGAAGAUUGUUAUCAUUUGUGGAAGCUGGAAAUCCUGUCAUGGUGUUGGCAGCAUUCUUAGCAGGACUGGUUGACCAGGAUGUUGUGUCAACUUCAUCUCAUAGUUCUUUAAAAUCCAUAUCAGAGGAAUCUCCUGGAACUCAGCUGGUUUCAAGGCAUUGCUUCAUUCUUGAGGAGCCACCUAAUGAAGCCAGCAGUCCUCUUGUCCCCGAGAGCUCUGUUAAUGCCAUUGACGAUACAGAGGCUUCAAAGGAGGAAGAGCAGUUGCCAAGUUCGAAUGGUUCUGCUGAAUUGAAGAAUGGAGCAAUGAAUAUUCAGCCAGACGCAGCUUCUGGACAGUGUGAAGUGAAACAGUCUGCUUCUUCUAAUGAUAUUCAACCUAAAUCAUCCGCUGAAAAAGAAUUAAAUGAUUCCAUUGCCCCAUUGGAUGUCACUUCUCAUAGUAUUGAAGCAGAUGAUAAACCUUUGCUUGAGGAACAGUCGUUACGGUUCAACGGAAAUGAUGAAAGUAAUUUUGAUGAGGCAAUGGUAAAUAAAACCAGUAAUUUAAAGGAGCCUGGACAGGUUGGAGACACGCCAUCUAUGCUUAUGUCCGUGGAUAAUCUGAAGGGUUCAGAGGGCAAACCAGAAUUUGCGGAGCAAUCAGGUAAUUCAGAAUUGAUUGAUCAGGUUCAACAAAUUUCGGAAUUUCCGAAGGUUGAAGAUACGACACCAACAUCCAUUGUCCUGAAAGAGGAGCCAGAACAAAAGGAUGGUGCAGCUUCUACAUUAGAUGUUAAUGUUAUGGCAGGUCAUGGAAGCAGCUGUUGGGGCCAGAAGAUGUGGCAACAGCAGUUACAAGACCCCGGAGGCAUGGACAAUAGUAGCAAUGAUUUUGGCAUUUGGAUAAAAGGUCCUCCAGCUAUUGGAAUGAAGACUCCUUUGGGGAUGUGGUACGGGAAACCAGGUAACUAUGAAGUUUUUGGAUGUAUUGCAUAUGCUCAUGUUAAACAGGAUAAACUGGAGGCAAGAGCUUUGAAGUGCAUUUUCAUCGGAUACCCAUUUGAAACCAAAUGUUAUAAACUGUGGUGUCUAGAUCAACAGAAAUCCAUCAUCAGUAGAGAUGUGGUAUUCGAUAAGUCUAAAAUGGCUAACCUGCAAAGCUACAUUACCAAGAACAGUGCUACUAAGGAGGAUACUCCAUUUGAGGUGGAGCUGCAACAACAACAAAUCUUGACGGAUCAAAGGACUGAUGUGAACAACCAAGGUGAAGUGGUAGAAGAUCAGCAAGAAACUGAACCAGAAAACAGGUCGAAUGACUACAGUUUGGUGAGAGAUAGGCAGAGAAGAACCAUCAGACCGCCAGAGAGAUGUGGUCAUGCAGAUUUGAUCUCCUAUGCAUUAAGCGUCGCAGAAGAGAGACCUGUGGAGAGUGAAGAUGAAAGCUAUGUUGGUGUAGCAAAGCGCUGCAGAAGCCUUGCAAGGCCUGACGGUGUUGUCGGCCGACAAGACCGAGAAAGAAAAGAACGGGAUUCUGAACAGGGCUCACAAAUAAUCUUGAGCCUGGGUGAUAAAGUUUUGAGGGAAGUUUCGAGGGAGACGACAGCUCAAGCGCUUUGGGCCAAACUCAAACUACUCUAUAUGACAAAAUCUUUGGUAAACAGACUUUUCUUGAAGCAACGCAUGUACUCUUUUAAGAUGCAUGAAGAGAAAUCCGUCUCAAAGCAAAUCAACAAGAUUAUUGAUGAUCUUGAGAAUAUUGAUGUCAAGAUGGAUGAUGAGGACAAGACAUUGCUACUGCUAAACUCCAUUCCUAAGAGCUAUGAGCACUUCAAAGAUGUGAUGCUCUAUGGAAGGACGCAAACAAUCUUUCUAGAAGAUGCUCAAUCGUUAAUCAUAGCCAAAGAACUUCAAAAGAAGCACGAGAUGAACGAAGAAAUCGGUGGAGACAAUCUUACCAUUAGAGGAAGAUCGCACAAAAAUGGUUCAAGAAACAGUCAAAGCAGAUCAAGGAAUAACUGUUUGGAGAGGAAGAAAGUUUUUCAAGAAAAACCUAAAGAUCCUGGAGAAGCAAGCAUAGCCUCGGACAGCUAUGAUUCAGCUGAAGCCCUGGUGAUCACCGAAUCAGAAUCCAACAAGGAGUGGAUCCUCGACUCGGGGUGCUCUUUCCACAUGUUCCACAUGUGUCAUCAUAAGGACUGGUUUGAGACACUGCAACUAGAAAAUGGUGGAUCCGCUUUACUUGGAGACAACAAGUUUCUGAAUAAAGAAGAAUAUAAGAAAUCACCUUAUGGCCUAAUUUUGUCAAGCUCAGGAAAUGGGGAUGAUAAAAAGACAUCUUCACCAAAGAAUGAUAUAAGUACUGCAACCACUGAUAGUUCUCAUAGUGUUAACAGCAUAAAGCGUGCCACGGUCACUGUACUGUCAGCUGCUGCUGUGAAGGCCAAGCUCCAUGCUGAUCACGAGGAAGACCAAAUCCGCCAAUUAGUGUCCUGUCUGAUUGAGAAGCAGUUGCGGAAAAUGGAGAUCAAGUUGGCAUUCUUUCCCGAGAUGGAAAAUUUGAUCAUUAGGGCAAAAGAGCAAACAGAAAGAGCACGGCAAAAACUCUACAGUGAGCGUUCUCAGAUUAUUGCAGCUCGGCUUGGUUUAGCCCAAUCUUCUAGAUCUUAUGCUACACAUUCAGCCAAUGCGAAACUUGCAAUGGGUUAUGGUAAUAUGAUAAUAAGGCCACCAAGCAUGGCAUAUCAAAAGCCACCACCACCAAGAAGACCUUGAUGCAAAAAUGCCCCGAAGCUUUGUAAUUUUUUUUUGGAAGCAAAAAAGUUUUAGUAAUAAAAAAAUAAACAAGUUGAUGUCUUUCUAUAUUUUUCUUUCCUGCAAGAGGCCUCGUUGCUAUGAUGUGCCCA